CCGAGCGCAAAGUUUGGAUGAGUAAGGCUGAUUGUCGGGAUACGCUCAUGGCACCAUGGCAGUACCUGCAGCACCCUCCUCAGUACGUCGGGGAAGACAGGGCGUGCUUUCUUGCGAUGGUCAUAUGGUGGACAUCCCGCGAGUACGCCCGGAAGCACGAGGAGGGCAAGCAGAAGCGUUCAGAGAUGGGAGGUGGAUCACAUGUCCUGGGCAGCAAGAACUUGGCCCUUACCUUGCAGGAUGAGGAAGUGAAGACAGGCGUGGCACCAAACUUGUUUGGAUUUUUCCAAAAGUCGAAGACCAGGAAGGAGCCGCAUCCUGAAACGGGGUCCUUGUGGGUCAACGACCUAGCGGAGGGCCAGUGUGGCGCGUACCGCUCGAAGUUCAAGGACAAGCACGGCGAAGACGCCGACCCAACCACCGAAGAGUUUGACGUUGAGGUUGCGGUGCUUGCGGGACAAGGCAAGAAGGGUGGCCGCCUAUGGAUUGCUGACGGGUUAGUCGACCCAAGUACCAUUCCAUCUCUACGCCAGAUCCGUCGUGGGCGUACGAGCGAGCAGCCUCGGGUAGAGACCCGCCCACGGGCUUCGGCUCUAGCUAUCGAGAAGUUACGGGCGGAGAUGGAAGAAAGGGAACGGAGGCACCAAGAGGAGCAGAUGCAGAUGCAGCAGCAGCUUAGGGAGAACAUGCAGAUGCAGCAGCAGAUGUUGCAGCAGAUGCAACAACAGCAGCAGAUGUUCCAGCAGAUGUUCAUGACUUCCCCACCGGGGAGUAGUGCUCCUAGCACGUCGUGUCCUCCUAUGUUCCCACAUUUUAUCCCCACGCCCGAUCCGGCUGUGAUGGCGCUCCUCCAGCAAGCGCCAAGUCAGAGCCCGCUGACACUCAGCUUGACCGUCAACAAUACGGGCAUCAUCCGGAGCUCGCAGCAGCUUUCUAGGUGA